AUGGAAAUCAAAGCUUAUCAACAUGGAAUUUGUCAAGCAUUGAAAAUAUUAAACGAGAAGGAUAUCUCUCUUGAAAUAAUGAAUAAUAUAACAUUCCCCCAUAAAUGGCAUCAUUUACAAGACUCGUUUACUGGUUCGCAGAAUUUAAAAUUUGAGAUAAUUUUUGUCACUGAAAUGAGGGUGAUGUGGGGUGGGGGUGUAAAUACUUACAUAGAUAGUGGGAAAACUUUUCCUUCCUGUUUCGUACCUUACGUUUGCCUCUUUCAAUCAAAUAUGUGGAGGGAAGACACCGCAACUAAAGCCGCACCCAAUUUUCCUCUCAUUUACAAUGAAUUGACGUGUUUAUUAUUCAAAGCAUUGAAUGUGCUUCAUCCUUCUUCAUCAAAUCUCUGCUCCGAAGUUAGAUUUCAGUUCGACCAACUUGAACAGUGGAUGUUCUUGGAAAUGAUGAGAAACAUUUCAUUCCUUGAAUCUCUUGAAUAUAAGAAAAUGAACGAAGAUUACAAAUGGCUGGUAGAAGCAUCUGAAACCGGCGGAACAUAA